AUGGUGUACGAGCUCCAGCGAUCGCCGCUCAGAAAACUCUACAUCCUCCUGCACAAGUUGGAGACGUAUGUCUUUCGCAUUCCCCUAUGGUACCUCAAGUCUAUUCCUAGACCCCUCCGCCCGAGGGCGUCAUGGUCCGCGACCAAGGCAUACCUCAUGCCCUAUCUCAACUACUGGCACGACUUCGGACCCAUCGGCGAGAGAGUCGGUCCGAUGCACUCCUGGCCUGACUACCGCGCCAUCCCGGACACUCCUGGCGUCAAGGCUGUCUGGCUCGACCCCACUCCGCAGCUCGUCGUUGGUGACGUCAAGCAAUGGGCAGAACGAGGCAACGUCCAGCCGAUCCGCAUUCCCGGCUACUGGUAUGACAAAGACGGGCACGACACCCCGAUCGGCGCGCCACCCGAGCCCGGAGAGAAGGUCGUUCUGUACCUCCACGGCGGCGGGCUCAUCACCGAGUCUGCGCAUCCAUCUAACUUCAUGUCCGUAGUCCCGCUCUCGAUCAUGCGCCACUGUUCAGCGAAGCGCGCGCUGUCUGUCGAGUAUCGCCUGGUCGAACUGUCGCCCGAGGCGAAUCCGUUCCCUGCUGCACUCUUCGACUGCCUCGCGGGAUAUCACUACCUUGUCGACGUCCUUGGAUUCUCUCCUGACAGCAUCAUCGUCGCUGGUGACUCUGCCGGCGGCCUCCUCACGCUCACCCUUGCAUGCUAUCUCAUCGACAACCUCUCAGAGUUCUCCACACGCAUGCGUGUCCCACCCUCACCGCCGGCCUCCGCACUGGUGCUUCUUUCUCCGUGGUGCGAUCUCGGCACGUCCCAUGAGACACCAGGGUCGUCGCUGGUGACGUUUUCGUACGACUUCAUGCCCGACCAGCGCAAGGGCCUCGUCUUCGCUGCGCGCCAAGCGUACUUGCGCAGCUUGCCUCCUGACUCGGGAGAGACGAACCCGUAUGUCUCACCUGCUUCUCGUCACCCCGAAUGCCAUGCGUCAUUCAAGGGCUUCCCGCGCACCUUUGUCACCACGGGCGGUGCAGAACGUCUGCUUGACCAAGAUCGCACGCUGGUCGAGUACUUGCGGCGGGACCUUGGUCCGGACAGCGUGGUGUACUACGAAGCGACGGACGCGCUGCACGACUAUAUCCACUUCCCACAGUUCCCGCAGGAGGCGGCGGAGACGCAGAAGAUGCUCAAGGCACUCGAGGCGUUCCUGGAAUAG